AUGACUGGCACUUCGUCUGUAGGCCCCAUCAGCGUCAACGGCGCUGGUGACCAGCGCAACGUCAAGAACUCGGAGCUUGAGCAUGGCGAGCGCUUCGAGGAGGGCAAGGUCAACUCUCACCAGACCGAUGACCCCAAGGACCAACGAUCCAUCGCCAACCGUUUGGCCGCCGAGGAGAAGAAAGAGCAUGAGGGGGAAAGCGAUGAUAAGGAGACUGCGCUGUCCAAGAAGGACCCAACACUUCCAGCCAAGGCCCACGGCAAUGAGCCUUCCAAGGGUGCCAAGAUUGAUGCAGAGCUUCGGGCUGAGGAGGAAGAGACUCUCAAGAACAAGAAGGCAGGAAAGACCGACAGUAUGCCCGGCAAGAAGAACUAA